ACUGGGAGAGACUACGCCUGAAUGCUACAAUUGCGGAACCAAGAACGUCUUCUUGCUAGGCUUUAUUCCGGCGAAAAGCGAGACUGUGGUCGUUCUCCUCUGCAGGUGAGCAUGCUUCGCUACAUCUAGUUGUGGUGACCCACACUGACGCCACGCGAGGUGAUGCAACAGACAACCGUGCGCUGCCAUGCCGGCAUCGAAGGACGUGGUGUGGGACGCAACGCAGUGGGCUCCUCUCAUUGAUGAUCGUUCGUUUCUCAGCUGGCUCGUCAAGGUCCCAUCGGAGGCCGAGCAGCUCAGAGCAAGACCUGUGACAUUCAGACAGAUGAACCGUCUGGAGGAACUCUGGAAGGAGAAUGAGAGGGCGACAGUGGAAGACGUAGAUCGACCAGGAGUUGACGAAGAGCCACCAGGCGUUUUGCUGAGAUACGAAGAUGCGUAUCAAUAUCAAAACAUCUUUGGCCCUCUGGUCAAAAUCGAGGCAGAUUUCGAUCGCAAGCUCAAAGAGAGCCAGACCCAAAACGACCUAGUCGUGCGUUGGGAUCAAGGUCUGAACACGAAGAAGAUUGCGUGGAUGAAUUUGCCCCGCUUGGAGAGCGGUGAGGUGAAGCUCGCAGUGGGGGAUGAGUUGAAACUUAGGUACGCCGGCGAGCUCGCAGCACACUGGGAGGGCGUCGGACACGUCAUCAAGGUACCGAACAAUCUCUCCGACGAAGUGGCCAUUGAGCUGCGUCGUAAUGACGGCGUUCCGGAUUGGUGCACGCACAAUUUCAGUGCCGAUUUUGUCUGGAAGAGCACCAGCUUUGACCGCAUGCAGACCGCGAUGAAGACUUUUGCGGUCGACGAGCAGAGCGUUAGCGGCUACAUCUACCACAAGCUGCUCGGACACGAGAUUGAGCCUGUCACUCUCCGCACGACGAUGCCCAAGCGUUUCAGUGCACCUGGUCUUCCGGAACUCAAUCACAGCCAGGUUGGAGCAGUCAAGGCGGUCUUGCAGAAGCCUCUGAGUCUCAUUCAAGGUCCUCCAGGAACCGGAAAGACGGUCACCUCUGCUACCAUCGUCUAUCAGCUGAGCAAGAUGAAUCCUGGUCCAGUGCUUGUCUGUGCUCCCUCAAACGUAGCUGUCGAUCAACUGACAGAGAAGAUCCACGCCACGGGUCUCAAGGUCGUUCGGCUGACUGCCAAGAGUCGAGAAGCCAUCGAGAGCCAUAUCAGCUUCUUGACACUGCACGACCAAGUGGCAAAUAACGACACGCACAUCGAGCUUCAGAAGCUGAUCCAACUUAAGGGUGACCAAGGAGAGCUGAGCAGCAGCGACGAGCGCAAGUACAAGGCUCUCACGCGCGCUUGCGAGAAGGAGAUCCUCAACACGGCCGACGUCAUUUGCUGCACCUGUGUUGGUGUUGGCGAUCCUCGCCUUAGCAAGCUCAAAUUCAGGACUGUCCUCAUCGACGAGGCUACUCAGGCUGCGGAGCCAGAGUGCAUGAUUCCCCUCGUCUUUGGUUGCAAGCAGGUCGUCUUUGUCGGUGAUCAUCUCCAGCUUGGCCCAGUGAUCAUGAACAAGAAGGCGGCGCGAGCAGGUCUUUCUCAAAGUCUUUUCGAGCCGAUCCUCGCCGUCUCAAUGUUGCCCUCACGCGUGCGCGUUACGGUCUCGUCAUCCUGGGAAAUCCCAAAGUGCUGAGCAAGCAUCCGCUCUGGCACUAUCUGCUCGUGCAUUACAAGGAGAAGGCCACUCUGGUCGAAGGCGCACUGUCGAACUUGCAUCCGUCUAUGAUUCAAUUCAGCAAGCCGCGUCGCCCUCUGCAAAAACCAGGCGAUCUUUCGGCACGUCAUCAUCUCGACGCGGACGGUGUUGUCGCUGGGCCGAACA